UUCAGGAAGGAAGGAGACAGGCAGACAGGCAGGCGGGACUUCGCUGCUGCGCAUGUGCUCUGCCUGAAGCCAGCUCCCACCCGCGACCCUAGCAAAGUGGGCUGUAUCCGAGGAUCCUUUCCUCCCCGGUUGAGCUCCUCCUUCAACACCCAGAAUGCAGGAUCCUAAUGCAGAUACAGAAUGGAAUGACAUCUUACGUAAAAAGGGCAUCCUUCCUCCCAAAGAGAAGCUGAGAGAGCAAGAGCAGGCUGAAGAGGAGCGGGAGCAACAGAUCCUCCAGCAACAAUCUGUCGUGAAAACAUAUGAAGACAUGACACUGGAGGAACUUGAAGAAAAUGAAGACGAAUUCAAUGAGGAAGAUGAACGUGCUAUAGAAAUGUACAGACAGCAAAGGCUAGCAGAAUGGAAAGCCUCUCAAGAAAACAAUAAAUUUGGACAAGUUUUGGAGAUUUCAGGUCAGGAUUACGUUCAAGAAAUUACAAAAGCUGGAAAGGAUAUAUGGGUGGUAUUGCAUCUAUAUAAGCAAGGUAUUCCUCUUUGUGCCUUGAUCAACCAACAUUUAAAUGGACUUGCCAAGAAGUUUCCAGAUGUCAAGUUUGUCAAAGCUAUUUCUACAACUUGCAUCCCCAACUAUCCUGAUAGAAACCUCCCCACAAUCUUCAUCUAUCUCGAAGGGGACAUCAAGGCCCAGUUUAUUGGACCGUUGGUGUUUGGAGGCAUGAAUCUGACAAGAGAGGAACUGGAAUGGAAGAUUUCCGAAUCAGGUGCCAUCAAGACAGAUCUAGAAGAGAACCCCAGGAAGCAGAUCCAGGACCAGCUGAUGACUUCAAUCAAGUGCUCUGUUCCAACAAGGAGAGAAGAAAGUGACUCAGAAGAGGACUAGGGCAUUCUUUCUGGACCACUCUUAUGCCUGAUUACAAAGCAUUUAGUUUUGAUUGACAUUGGUGGGACUUCCUUCUGCACAAGAGCUCAAGUUGCUCCUGACACGAAGAAAAAAAAGAGUGCAUGUGAAUGCCAUCUAAUAAAUAGCAUUGGUGGUAUUUCUUCUUUUCUAAAUAUGUUUUUUAAAAAACCAAAACACGAGUUACGGUUUUAUAUAUCCUGAAAGGGAACUAAAAUGCCUCCUGACAAAACACAGUUCAAGUGCUGUUGGAAAUAAUUGUUAUGGACAUUUUCACUAGUGAAGUUAGUAGCAGCAUAAGUGUGCUGGUCAUAGCAUUUGUGUGUUCCUUUUUUACUGGGUAGUAAUGCAUCCUCUGCACCACUUUGAGGUUGUUAUAGUUUCGCCAGAGGUUAUCAGCAAAUGGCCAUUAUGCAACAUUCAAUAUUUUUUUCCCAAAGAAAAAUGUUUGGAAGACUGGCCUGAAAUCAUGAAUGCUUUUAUUGAGCACAUUCAUCUAGUUGUUGGUUAAGAUUGUCACCAAUGAUUCUGAAUUAUAUUGGGAGGUAUGUCAAUGUAUUUUAGCAACCUGGAAAUGCAAGAAGCUGGCUGUUUAGAGGAAAUGCAAUGUUAAUUUCAUCUUGAAAUCCAACCUGAUCUCAGCCUUGUAGAAGUGCCCAUGAGAGAAGUUUAAAGAAUAAUAUCUCUCAUUCUUCAAGUUUUUGAUUCAAGUUCCAUUAACACAACAGAAUAGUUUUGUUAUUUUUUAGUUUGAAGAAAAUAAGUUUGGUAAUAAAUUGUAAUUAUUUUAUGAUUAUUUGUUCAUAUAAGUUAUAAUUAAAAAUAAGCAACAAAAUAA